ACGAAGGGUACAUCGUCAUUUGGUAAGCGACGAAAUAAGACACACACCUUGUGUCGUCGAUGUGGGUCCAAGGCGUACCAUCUGCAGAAAUCUACCUGUGGGAAAUGUGGUUACCCUGCUAAGCGUAAGAGAAAGUAUAACUGGAGUGCAAAGGCUAAAAGACGUAACACCACUGGUACUGGUCGCAUGAGGCAUCUGAAAAAGGUCUACCGUCGAUUCAGGAAUGGAUUCCGUGAGGGGACCACACCGAAGCCCAAGAGAGCAGCUGUUGCAGCCUCCAGUUCAUCGUAAAGACUCAUCUAUUUGUUAAAAUAAAUGGUCUUAUCCAGAAAAAUCUGU